AUGGACACAUUCCCGCUUGUUAUACAGUAUCCAUUAUCAAAUACUAGCAUAAAAUAUAGGUUUUUACAAAAUUCGGAUAAAUAUACGAUGUCACAUUCAAGUGAAGAAACAAUUGAUAAUGAGUACCAAUUCAAUAGCUUGGUGGUUAGGACUGAUUCAGAUGAUCGAGGUGAUCGAUUUAUUGAUCUUAAAAUACAAGUAAAGGAAGUUAAACUCGAUAGAAGCUGUGGGUACAGUGUUUUAGAUUAUGGUAUCUAUAUACAAAAAAUCACUGUUUUAGUGACAGUAGCCAAACCACAUAAAAAUGAAAAGGCUGUUGCACAAACUCUAGUACAAAUUUACAGUACUGCAGAAUUAAUGCUGGGCAAGCGAAUACAAUCUGAAACAGAUUCUGAACAAACGAUGUUUGUAGAGAUAAGCCAAGAAUACACUUGUAUUUUUAAAGAUGAUAUGAAAGAAGAAAAUCAGGUGGUUUCUCACAUUGUGCGAAUUCUACAAGUAUAA